AUGUUUUUACAACAACUUGAACUAACAACUGCUUUAAGACCACUUUAUCUGCCCGGGGAACUCUUACUAUUUACCCAGGAUAACAUUGGCCUUUAUGAGGAUAAAUACAAACUAGCAAACUACCAAAAUGGACAAGUUUAUCUCACUUCACAUCGUAUCUGCUAUGUUGAUAAUAAAGAACCUCGGAACAAUAGUAUAGCAAUUGAACUGAAAAAUGUCGAGAGAUUUGAGUUCUAUGGAGGUUUCUUGAAAUCUUCCCCCAAAAUCACUCUCAUCCAAAGACCAUCAAAGCAAAACUCUGCUCAUAGCUUAUCAAUUUAUAGUGGCGAGGGCAGCACAAGCGGGUCUACUCAUUUCCAACCACGAACAAACGGUUUGACUCACAACCCUAAACCACGGAGUAGCGCAACGUGGGUCUGCCCUAUCUGUACAUUUUCCAACCUAAUUCCCUCAAAUUUCGACCCUACAACUGCAGAUGAACGAACACCGGUAGCUCCGUGCUCGACAUGUGGUGUGAAACCUGCGUGGACAUUAAUAUUAAAAGCUGCAAUAUCAAAUGCCUCUCAAGUAUCCAUGAAAUCUUCCCUUAGUAAGAGCGAAGAAAACUCAUCUACAGCCAUUUAUCUAAAGCAGGGAUCUCAGACAGUCAGGCCAGAUACCAGUAAUUCAUUCCAGUGUCCGAGAUGCACUUUUCUUAACCACCCAUCGCUAUUAACGUGCGAACUAUGUUCUGCUCCAUUGAUUUCGGCUGAAUUCCCAACAGAGGUUGACAAUAGAUCAUGUCGAACAGAAUCACCUGGCCCGACAGUGAAUCCUCUCUCCCACUCAAGCACCACUAAUGUAAAGUUAUCCUUCAGGGGAGGUGGAGAAAAGAUUUUCCACGAGCGACUCAAAGGUAGCAUGGUCCAACGAAAAUGGCUAUCGCAUAAUGCUCCGCCAGUACCUACACCUCAGAUAGACAGGGUAACAGGCUCAGAUACAGCAAGAAGUCAAUCGUUCAAGACCAUCGGAAUAGCUGGCCUCGAGGAUCGCAGACUUCGUGAGCGUCAAAACAAUGAGCGCGUUAUCGGUAGCGCCUUCGAAGACCUUGAAGCCUUAAUGGCAUCAGCACAAGAGAUUAUAAACCUUGCAGAAACUUUUGCUUCCACAAACGAAAGCUUAAACUCGGAGUCAAAUGCCGUAGCUUGUGCUCUUGGCCUUGUUACAACAAAAGAUAUGCUUGGAAACAAUUCUGGCUCUCUCUAUAUAACGGAAUUGACCAGGAACUUGGCGGAAUUUCUAGCUGAUGAUACUAGGGGAGUCCUCCGAAAGUCUGGCGGAAUAAUUAGUCUCGUAGAUUUGUGGGCUAAAUUUAAUAGAGCUCGAGGAGGUGUAGAGCUUGUUAGUCCCAACGAUUUUGUUAAGGCUGCUCGUCAAUGGGAGACUUUGCGGAUUCCUUUUCGUCUAAGAGAAUUCAAGAGUGGAGUACUAGUAGUUCAAGGAAGUGAACAUACCGAUCAAAAGAUAAUUUUAUCAAUUAAGGCAUGGAUGGAAGAAUUUUACACAAACCAACCAAAUCAGGAAGUUUCUUGGGAUUGGCAAAGCUUUGGUCGUGGUAUAACAGCUCAAGAAACAGCUGAAAAUUUCAACUGGAGCAUAGGGAUAGCAGAAGAAGAACUGGAAAUGGCAGAAGAAGAGGGAAUAUUGUGCAGGGAAGCAAAUGUUCAAGGUAUACGGUUUUGGAUUAAUUAUUUAGUAACCUCGGAUAACUCUGAAUAA